AUGGAAGCCUCCGGUCCCAAGGCAAUUCUCACAUCCGACAAUUUCCACCAUGCACAAGAGCUUUCCCGGGCGACCUCACCCGGUGGCGAGCCCGCGGCCGUGAAUAGCGAAGGCGAGCCAAUAGCCCGCGUGCGACCUCGUACCUAUCCAUACUCCAAAUAUCUCCCAUAUGAAUUGGAAGAUGAAUCCGAACGGAAUCAAAACCUGCGGGAAAUUUUGAAUCAGCUUUAUAUUGCAGUGGAGGCUGGCGAUUUUAACCCAGGAGCGGUGCACUGGACACGCGAGCUUCGCGGCUGGCUCUCACUUAAGUUCGAUCCAACUCGCGCACAGCGCAUAAGCCUUGUGAAACUGUAUUAUGAGUUGGCACUUGCCCCCGGGAUCGACCCGUCGGUCGCGGAGCGAUUCUCCAGCAUGUUCAUGCUUCUCACCAAGCGAAAGCAUUAUCUCAGACCAAUCAAGGAUCUUACAUUAGAUUGGAAGCCUCUCUACAAAGAGCUCAAGGCGUUUGUCCUGCCUACAGAGUCCGGCCUCGUUCACUCGACCAACCUGAAACGAAAUGUCAAGACCUUGACCAAACUUUGCGCAUUCGCUCAAUUAUUCAUUGACCCGUGUGAACUUCCCGCCAUGCUUGAAGAGUUCUUGCCGCACUAUACCACAUCAUUCUCAGAAGGUGCCUUCGUUGUCGCAGGGCUCAUUAAUUUGCUGCUCCCGACAUCCCCACCUCCCGAUUCGCGAGCCGAUCUCUUACCGCAGAACCAUCUGCCUACACAUUUCCAUUUGUGGUCCUUAGUUGGUCGGUCGAAAACGUUUGAUACCACUUAUCUAGACUACUUUUCCCGACUGGCCCGGGAUUCUCUACCGGCCGGUCAUAUUCCGUUCUCUGAGUAUGGUAUCUUCACAAAGGAGCAAUCCGCACUUAUCUUCACCGCGAUCCUAAGACUGUUGGAGAUCCCUGUUGGGCAAUCCACUUCCCCGUACAGUGCGUUAGUGGAUAUCUCAUCUGGUUUGGGUAUCAUGCUUGACCGAGAUGGGCGCAAGCACCCAGUUGCUCAUCAUAUAGCUCGAUGGAUUGUGAUGUCGCUCUCCCCGGCGUGCGUCGACUCGGAGGUUUCAAUUCUUACACAACUAGAAGGCCUUAUCCAAGCCGUUGAGACCUUCUUCCAUCCUUCUAAUGCGGGCGGGUGGACCAAGACUCUGUCACAGCUAGUUUAUUACCUGACUGAUUUCUUCGUCAUGCGUUGGAACCGGGAACAAAGUGGCGAGAUGGAUAUUCCGCCUGAGCGACGGUUGAAUGAGCCUUUGAGGCGGCGAUUUGUACUCUGCAUCCGUGAUGUAAUUUUCAUGGGAAUCUAUGCCAAGAGCAGCACUGCAAUGACUUUCUCCCUGUCGACUUUGCAAGGUCUGGCCUACUUGGAACCACAUCUCAUUCUACCUGGGGCAUUGCAGAGAAUCUAUCCGGCGCUUCAAGGCCUUGUUGAGGUGCACCGCACUACUUCAUCGCUCCGGGCUAUGACAUCGCUCUCUCGCGUUAUUUCGCGCACCAAGGGUUAUCGCUGUCACAUGACAACUUUGCUGGGUCUGACACUACCUGGUAUUGAUGCCAACGAUCUUGAAAAAUCGCUCCAUGCACUUUCAUUCAUUCAAUCGGCCUGUUACAAUAUUCCAAUGGUCGAUUUGACCCAAGGGCGCGAUGACGUCAACUGCAACAUGCUUGCCAUGCAAUGGAUUUCGGGUGAAAUGGAGAGGAUGGAAGAGCAAGGGGCAGAUGUACAGCUUGGCUAUGACACGGAGCUGGAUGAUGCAACCGAGGAAUUGAUCUUGCGAUCUUCUACAUGUGGUUUCGGAGAUUUCACGAUAGCUUUUCUGGGCCGCGUCUUCACGUUAUUGGAGAAUCUGCCGGACGUCUCCAGAGUUCGAAAUGGUUCUCCCGAAGAGAAUAUUGUGAACACUCUCCCUGCCACGUUCAUGCCUUUGCUUGCCUCUCUGUCUCCAGAGUAUUAUGAUAUCGCUCUAGGGAAGAUUGUGGAUUUCGUGUCUAACCAUGUUAUUCACCAAGCUCGUGAUGCAAUGGCUUUCAUUUGCAACGCUCUAUGCAAGGUCAAUCCCGAAAAGGCGCUCAAACGGUUCAUCCCGGUGUUGACUGGGGCUAUCCGUACUGAGAUCGAAGAUAAUGGCGCUGGGUCGACCCGAACUACAGGCACCGAUGUUUUGCCUCGUGAUCGUGGUUUGGUCUGGAAUGUCAGUAUGCUCAGCAUGUGUGUGGUGCAUGUCGGCAGUGCUGUCAUCAAUCACCGCCAAGAGCUAUUCGACAUUGCAGUGUACAUGCAACAGAACUGCCGUGGCAUUCCUACGGUUCAUAUCUCUAACUUCAUUCACCACCUGCUGCUCAAUCUGACGGGAACAUACACCAAUGAUUUCUCGCUGUACGAACCUUCAGUCAAAGCGAAUGGUAUCGAACCGAAGCUCUGGAGCUACCAAGCCGAUGUGCACAAUCUCAACAUCAACUGGCAUGUACCUACGCGACAGGAGAUUGAAUUUGCCGUCGACGUCUUCAAAAGCCAGACAGAGGCGGCCUUGAAGCAACUAUCUGCACUCACUCAUGAGACAUCAACUGUCAAACGUGAUGGCAGCGGCAAGGAUUGGUCAGAUGAGGUUUCUCGAAACCUUGUCCUCUUGCGACUCGUGUUGUCUGGAAUUUCUGUUCUCUUUGAUCCCAAAGCCGCAUCAACCACAACACAAGGGCCUCAAAAUGGUACCUCUGGGGAUGUCGAGAUGGCAGAUGGCGUAGAUGACGUUGAUACCGAUACCGAUGCUUCCCUAGACAAUUCUGAUGAUGGUACCAUCAGACAGUCUUUCACUUAUCCCACUGGGUAUUCUCUCAAAGAAGAUGACCAGUUGUAUACUACCAUCCACGAACUCCGCGAGAGAACUGGUUGGGUCUUGCAUGAGGUACAUCGGUUUUUGACCGAUAAGCAAGAGGAUGAUGUCCCUUGCUUUGGCGCUUUGUACUCUGCCUUCAGAUCGUGGUUUGUUGAUGUGGGCAUUGAGAGAUCCGCCCACGUACUCGACCGAGUGACUAGGCUUCUAGCAGCCGACAUUCAUCCUUAUAAGAUGAGUGGUUUGCGAAAGGAUUACCCUAGAGCUUUGCUUGUGCGCAGAGCCAACGUGUAUCACCUCCAACGCUUAAGACACAACGCUUCUCCCCGUCCUCGAUCUAAGCUUGACGAGAUUCUUCUCCUUGAUAUUGCCGAGUCUUGUGUCUCUCUCUACACAGAAACACGCCGCAAUGCCCAAAAUGCAGGCGAAUCGGCACUCAAGGCUGUCUAUGGUGGUAGACUGCUUGUCAUUCCGCCCCUGCUCACGGCUCUACAAAAGGGUGUCAAGGAUAAUGAUUAUGCGCGCAUCAAGGGAGCACUUUACUCACUGCUUCUCAGCAGCGUAGCCAAAACCGUCGGACGGAAUUGGAAAUAUGCACCAACAUUGAUCAGGACAUUCAUCGAUGCCAGCGCCGUUGACAAGCCCUCCGUUCAGAAGAUUUGCUCCACCGCGGUGUUCCAAGUUAUGGACUACGGUCGCGCCAUGGAGCGAAUGGCUAUCUUGGACCAAGAUAUCGUAGAAGCCAUUGCUCCUACUGAAGAUGUCAGCGGGCAAAUUGAGAAAAAGCGUGCAGUCAUCAACAACAAGCGCGCUGCUAUCGAGAAAAAGAAAGCCGAUCUGUCUGAAGAGUUGGUCAACCUGGCACGUAUAUCGCAUUGGAAGAUCGCCAGUCGCGCUGCGACUAUCGUUAUCACCAUGGGUCUCCGCUUUGACUAUAUCGCCAGUGAUAACUUGAUCGAAUUGAUGACAGUUGGAUCCAUUGAUGACCACCCUGGUUUGCGAGGCAUGUACUCCCAAGCCCUUAUUGCGUUGUUCACUAUGAUCGAUGUGCGUGCCAUUUGCACCCACGAAUACAAGAACUAUAUUCUUGGACAUCAACGUUUCCCCUCCAAAAUCAAAGUGGCAACGAAGCCCUACGAGAAGGGAUACACUCAACAAUAUCUCUCAAGCUUUGCACAACCAGAGGCAGAGUACUACGUUGACCAUGAUUUCCCGGGUUGGCUUGUGUGGGGUAAGACCAUGCCCGCUUACAAGUCCAACGUCGCGCGGGACAUUGAGUAUGAUGAGGUUGAGUGGCAGGUCCGCACCAAGAUGGGCAAGAUGCUCACUCGCCAGUGGUUCCACAAGUUCUUUAUGUACCUGAAGCAAGAGCCUCGGGAUCCAUCGGCCGACAAAUUCCGCAUGUCAUGUGCUAUGCUGCUUCUCUACGCUUUUGAGCUCAUGAUCCGUGACGGUCUUACAGCUGUCUCCUUUGAAGAAAUACAAGAAGAGAUCAAGGGAGUCUUUGAGGAUGGCAGUGAUAAACAUCAACAUCGUGCUACAGCGGAAAUUCUCGGAGCUUUGAUAUCCUCUGUGACAGACACAGGUGUGGAGCAGCGGACUAUGGUCUGGGAGUAUGCUUUCCCUAUUGUGCGAAAGAUCUUCACCGAUGGCCUCACCCCCGAAAAUUCCGGCUAUUGGACAACAUUCCUCCACAUGAUCCUGCAAUGUCGGGAUCCCCGACGCGCCUGGCCCUUGGUGGAUUGGCUGUCCAGCUUCCGCCUUGACAUGUCAACCAAUGCAGCAUUCAAGGAGAGUUCUAAGAUCAACCUCUUGCACCAAUGCAUCAUUGAUUCUGGUUGGCACUACCAGCUUGACAAGCCCAUCGUGGAAGAUUUCCUUGCACAUCUGGACCAUCCAUAUAAGGGCGUUCGUGAGGCAAUGGGCCAGACUCUUGCAACUAUUUAUCGCACAAGAUAUCACGAGUCUUACCCUGAUGUUCAACAUCUUCUUGAGGCCCAGAAAUCUUCGUCGUCCGUUGGCGCAUAUCCUUACCCGCCCACAGCUGAUUUUACGAAGAUGAUCCAUGGAGUUUUCAGUCAAAUCGAGGAGUGGCGCAAGGCCAGAACUCCCGGUCAACAGACACCUUCACCCUACACCUCGGGCAGUAAGACGGUUCUUCUUUGGCUAGACUCCACUUUGUCUUCUCACGAGUGCACACAACUUGUCUCAUUCUUCCCGGAUGUCUUUACUGCGCAGCUUCUCCACAUGAUGGAUGUGAAGGAAGAUCCAGAGCUCCAAUCUCUCGCAUACCACGUUUUCCGUCAUCUCCCCAACAUCCCUUACCCAGCCGAAAAGAACUCCGAAUUCAUCCAAUCUCUCAUUCGCAUCGGACAAACAUCCCCAUCGUGGCACCAGAGACUGCGUGUCAUGAUCAACAUUCAGAUCAUUUACUUCCGCCGCUUGUUCCUCCUCGAUCCCGCAGAUCGCGAUAAGCUUUUCGAGUGCAUUGCUUCCAUGCUCGAAGACCCCCAGCACGAAGUCCGCGCUGGUGCCUCUGCCACUCUUUCCGGUAUGGUGCGAUGCUCCCCCAUCUUCCUGCGGGAGAAGAUGGUCAGUCGCUUCCAUGAACGCUUCACGAAGGUUCUGGCAGACAAUCCUUUCCCCAAGAAACCAAAGAAUUUCCGCUCAGGAAUCGCCUCCUCUGCUGUGUCAUCUGGUGCCGGGACUCCCACUCCAGAGCACAACCGCCUAAUUAUCGUUCGUCACGGUGCUGUACUUGGUCUUGGCGCUUUGAUUCAGGCCUUCCCGUAUAACAGUCCUCCACCUCAGUGGAUGCCCCAGGCAUUGACCUCGCUCAGUACCCGUGCGGCCAAUGAUCCAGGCAUCGUUGGUUCGAGUGUGAAGUCGAUUAUCAGCGAGUUCAAGAAGACUAGACAAGAUACCUGGCACAUUGACGCAAAGGCUUUCACAUCAGAUCAGCUGGAAGAUUUGUCCGGUGUUUUAUGGAAGAGCUAUUUUGCAUAG